CGCGCAUGCGCCCGUCCCGCGGCGCCCCACAGACGCUCCUUUGUGGCAGCAGCGGUCUUCCCGUGGGAGGCGGGUCGGCUCGGCAGCGCGAGCUCCUGGCCCUUCGUCGGUCCGCCGGUCCGCCCCUCACCUUUGUGCCGCCCUCGCGACCCUCAGCUCGGGGCGGCUAAGCCCGAGGCCUGGUCGGCCCGCCCGGACCCGGGAGGCGUGACUGACAGUCUGGCGGGGCGCGCCAUGGGGCGGGAGCGCAGCCUGACGCGCCCGGCGCCUGCGGAGCCCGCCUGACCCCGACCAGGGGCGCGGAGCCGCCCCUGCGGGGCUGCGCGAGCGUCCCCAGCCCCGGGAGCCCGGUCCGCCCCGCCCCCAGUCGGGGCGGCCGUCGAAGGAGGGCGCCAUGGACGCCCCGGAGACGCGGGUGACAGAUCCUGCUCGUCUCCUCAAAGAGAUUCCAGAAGACGCAUUGCCUCAGGGUCUCCCGGAAGCCAGGUCGGAGGGGUCCGUGACUUUCAAGGACGUGGCUGUGGACUUUACCCAGGAGGAGUGGGGCCAACUGGACUCCCCCCAGAGGGCCCUGUACCGGGAUGUGAUGCUGGAAAACUACCAGAACCUUCUUUCCCUGGGGCCUCCGGUCUGCAAGCCAGACGUCAUCUCCCACCUGGAGCGAGGCGAGGAGCCAUGGCAGGCUGCCAGAGACGGGCCUGCGGGGCCGGGUCCAGAACCAGGAUGGGAACCCCUGCCUGCAGCGGAGGAGACGCUUGUUUACAAGGAAGAGCCGCCCUGGGAGCCGAUCGCAGACGGGUUGGCGAGGUCUAAUGUGCACAACCCCGGGUUCAGCAAUGAGUGUAUCUGGGGGUGCCUGGCGACUGCUCUGACCCGAGGCGAAGCCUCCUACGCCGGUGCUGGGUCCGCCGAGGAGCGCCGGCAGGGCCGCUAUGAGUCCAAGGAGGCACUUGGCCUGCAGAGCGCCCUGCCGGCCCAGCCCAGCCUUCCCGUGGAAGGAGCCUCUCCAGAAAGCCAGCCUGGGAGGGUGCGGUCCUCCGGCGCCGGGCGCCGGCGCCGGAGCCAGGGUGCGGGGAGCGGCCCGUUCGCGUGCGGCGAGUGCGGCAAGGCCUUCCCGCGGAGCGCGGCGCUGGCGCUGCACCGGCGCUGGCACGCGCGGGAGAAGGCCUACGAGUGCGGCGAGGCCCUCAGCUGGAGCACCGGCCUGCUGGAGCAGCGGCGCGCGCACGCCGGCGAGAAGCCCUUCCUGUGCGGCCAGUGCGGCAAGGCCUUCAGCUGCCACUCGUCCCUCAACGUGCACCGGCGCGCGCACACCGGCGAGCGGCCCUACAAGUGCGGCCACUGCGCCAAGGCCUUCAGCUGCAGCUCGCUGCUGGCCAUGCACCUGCGCGUGCACACGGGCGAGCGGCCCUACCGCUGCGGCGAGUGCGGCAAGGCCUUCAACCAGCGGACGCACCUCACGCGCCACCGCCGCGUGCACACGGGCGAGAAGCCCUACCACUGCGGCGCGUGCGGCCGGGCCUUCGCCUGCCACUCGUCGCUGACAGCGCACGAGAAGCUGCACAGCGGAGACAAGCCGUUCCGCUGCAGCGACUGCCAGAAGGCCUUCAGCAGCCGCUCGCGCCUGACGCUGCACCGGCGCGCGCACACCGGCGAGAAGCCCUUCCGGUGCGGCCAGUGCGCCAAGGCCUUCAGCUGCCAUGCGUACCUGGCAGUGCACCAGCGCGUGCACAGCGGCGAGAAGCCCUUCCGCUGCCACGAGUGCGGCAAGGCCUUCAGCUCCCACUCCUACCUGAUCGUGCACCAGCGCGUGCACACCGGCGAGAAGCCCUUCGACUGCAGCCGCUGCUGGAAGGCCUUCAGCUGCCACUCGUCGCUCAUCGUGCACCAGCGCGUGCACACCGGCGAGAAGCCCUACAAGUGCGGCCAGUGCGGCCGGGCCUUCAGCCAGAACCACUGCCUCGUUAAGCAUCAGAAGACCCACUCGGCGGAGAAGCCCUUCAAGUGUCACGAGUGCGGCGAGGUGUUCGGCUGGAGCGGGCCUCUGGCGGAGCACCGCAGGCUCCAUGGCGGGGAGAAGCCCUUUGCCGUCCAGUUGGACCAGCGCUUGCUGAGCACCUACUACCUGCCCGGUGGCCUGCUGGGCCCAGGGGCCUCAGGCGGGAGCAACGAGGGCCGGGUGGAUGCCCUGGAUGUGACCAAGUUCCUGGGUGUGGCCCCACCCUCGGCCAGCAGGAGUUUCCCCCUUGGGAGCAACCCCGGAAAUUGACUCCUGUGUGUGUAUAACACACCCUCCUGCCACCUGAAACACACCUAGAGGUUGUGGGCUGCUGGAGAGGGAGCCGGUAGGAGAGUGCUAAGGCCGCCUGAGGGUGUCCUGUCCUCUCUGCUGAUAUUUGGAAGGCGGGGAGGGAGUGCUCUCCUCAGGUGAAGGGGGGGCCCUGUCCUCACUUCCUUGCUUUCCACCCCGAGUUUCUUCUGUAAACUCUUUGAUGUUUAACAUGAUAAUUAAAGGGGAGAGAAAACAGGAGAAUCACAAA